CCGUAGAAUCCUUUUCACGCCAAAAAAAACCCCCCACGCCUGUCCCGGAUUUUUCUGGUCAAAGUUAACCAAUCCAAACCAAACUCCUCUUACCAGUUACCACCACCGCCGGAAAGGAAAAUCCCGCCCCCGCCGCCCCCGCCUACAUUAAUUAUCUGUUUGCUCCGCCGCCAGUCUCGGCCGUGAUUCUCCACCUGCUGUUGCGCCUAUAUUUCAGGUACAAUUACCCCGGCUACCUACUGAGGGAAUUGCGUGGAUAGAGGGGGGAAAAGGAGGAUGGAGUCGAGUCUGGAAUUGUUGAGAUCGAUCGAGGCCGCAUUGGGAGUGACGAUAGGGAAUGAUUUGGUGGUGGCGGUGGUGGUACUGACGACGUCGUUUGCCGUCAUCGCUGGAUCGCUGGUUUUGUUGUGGAAGAGAUCGAGUGACCGGAGUAAUGAGGUAAAGCCAGUGGUGGUGCCGAAGGCUGUGGCGCUUGAGGCGGAGGAGGACACCGUUACUGAUCCCGGAAAGGUUAAGGUCUCCAUUUUCUUCGGUACUCAGACCGGUACGGCCGAGGGGUUUGCUAAGGCUCUUGCUGAGGAGAUCAAAGCAAGGUAUCAGAAGGCAGUUGUGAAAGUUGUUGACUUGGACGAUUAUGCUGCUGACGAUGACCAGUACAAGGAGAAAUUGAAAAAAGAAACAUUGGCUUUUUUCAUGGUUGCAACUUAUGGUGAUGGGGAGCCAACCGAUAAUGCUGCAAGAUUUUACAAAUGGUUUACUGAGGGAGGAGAAACAGUCCCUUCACUUCAAGAGCUUAACUAUGGUGUAUUUGGUUUGGGGAACCGUCAGUAUGAGCAUUUUAACAAGAUUGGAAAAGUUUUGGAUGAAAAACUUAGUGAACAAGGGGCAAAACGGUUAGUUCCACUUGGCAUUGGGGAUGAUGAUCAGUCCAUCGAAGACGAUUUUACUGCUUGGCGAGAGCAACUGUGGCCCAAGUUGGAUAUAAUACUUAAGGACGAGGAUGAUGCAAACUCUGCUUCUCCACAAUACACAGCUGCAAUUCCUGAAUAUCGUUUGGUGAUACAUGACCAUGGCAUUACAACUUACGAGGAUAGGCAUGCAUCUUUGGCUAAUGGAAAUACUGUAUAUGAUAUCCACCAUCCAUGCAGGGUUAAUGUUGCUGUUCAAAGAGAGCUUCAUACACCCGAGUCCGAUCGUUCAUGCAUACACUUGGAGUUUGACAUAUCAGGCACGGGCAUAACAUAUGAAACCGGGGACCAUGUGGGUGUCUAUGCUGAAAACUGUGAUGAAACUGUUGAGAAAGCAGGAAAGUUGUUGGGUCAACCUUUGGAUUUACUUUUUUCUAUUCAUACGGACAAAGAGGAUGGGACAUCCUUGGGUGGUUCGUUGCAACCACCUUUUCCUGGACCUUGCACCCUUCGUACUGCUCUAGCUCGUUUUGCAGAUCUGUUGAAUCCUCCUCGAAAGGCCACUCUGGUUGCGUUAGCUGCUCAUGCAACUGAAGCUGGGGAAGCAGAAAGGCUCAAGCUUUUGUCGUCUCCACAGGGAAAGGAUGAGUACUCACGAUGGGUUGUUGCAAGCCAAAGAAGUCUCCUUGAGGUAAUGGCUGAGUUUCCAUCUGCUAGACCUCCCCUUGGUGUAUUCUUUGCAGCAAUUGCUCCUCGCUUACAACCACGUUACUACUCUAUCUCAUCAUCACCCAAAUUUGCUCCAGAUAGAGUCCAUGUGACUUGUGCUCUAGUGUGUGGUCAGACCCCCACAGGCAGACUUCAUAAGGGAGUGUGUUCCACCUGGAUGAAGAAUGCAAUUCCAUCAGAGAGAAGUUAUGACUGUAGCUCAGCUCCAAUUUUCAUUCGUCCUUCGAGCUUCAAAUUACCAACUGAUCCAUCAAUUCCAAUUAUUAUGGUGGGACCUGGCACUGGAUUGGCUCCAUUUAGGGGAUUUUUACAGGAAAGAGCAGCUCUGAAGGAGAAUGGUGCUCGACUUGGUCCUGCAUUGUUGUUUUUCGGUUGUAGGAACCGAAGAAUGGAUUUUAUUUAUGAGGAGGAGCUCAAUAAAUUUUUGGAUCAAGGCACAAUUUCAGAGCUAAUUGUUGCAUUUUCAAGGGAAGGGCCUCAGAAGGAGUAUGUUCAACACAAGAUCAAAGAAAAAGCCUCAACCGUAUGGAAUUUAAUUUCAAAGGAAGGGUAUCUAUAUGUAUGUGGGGAUGCCAAAGGGAUGGCUAGAGAUGUACAUCGUACACUCCAUGACAUUGUACAAGAGCAGGAAAAGGUGGAAAUGUCGAAAGCUGAAGCCAUCGUGAAGAAACUACAGAUGGAUGGAAGGUAUCUGAGGGAUGUGUGGUGAUCAUCGUCGUAUGAUAUCAUCUCCAUAGUUUGUAUUUGCACACCAAUCUGUUGUUGUAUUCUUUUCUUUUUUUCCCUUUAUUUAUAGCAAUGGUUGAUCCUCUUAGUUGCUUUGUUUUCCAAUUACCCAAUAUUGAACAGAAGAAGCACACAUGUUUUUGUCUUUCUUCCCAAAUGCCUUUUAGGUUUUCUUGCCUGCUAGAAGAAUAUGCAUAUAUGAUGGUGCAUUUAUAUGUAAUCUGUUACUGUCUUUUUCAAAAAUUCAUAAAUCAUCACAUGAUAU